AUGGAGUCGAUGUCAGCCACAGAUGGAAACUAUCCCGCUGUUGAGUGGCCAAGGAAUUGGUUCGCGUCCUGGAGGGCUCGCUCGAAGAACUGGUCCAAGAAUGCAAACGACGUAUCAUCCUCUGCACGCGCAUGUUACAUGCUACAUGGCAUGUUGGUCAUCGUACAUAUCAUCCUUGUUAUCUUUUAUGUUCAUCACUGGGAACACCGUGUGAUCAUUUCAAUCACGUCAACAAACAAUGAUUUUUGGCCUGUGUUGCUGAGUGCUUCACUCCAAGCAUUCUAUACUAUCUACACAGCUGUCUUACUCUUCCUUACUCAACGGCUUGGGGUUUCGAGAACACUUGUACGCCGUCUGAAAUUGACUGCGAUUCACGACAUUUCUGGCGCAUGGGCGGGCCUCGGCUCUGCGCUUAGCAGCGUCUGGCGACAAACUGACAUCCCUGCUUCAUUAUGGACCACUGCUGGCGUGACAGCCUACCUGGCGAGUAUGUCCGUGCUGCAUGUCACCUCUUCCACUCUCCUACAAUUUCAACUGUUCAAUGCUUCUAUGGCGACCUCUGUGCCAACAAGACUAGGAUGGCUAUAUGACCUAUCAUUCUCUUCUGACGCAAACUGGGGUUCCAUUACCGCAUCUCUACCAGUCAUCAAUCAAUUGUCUGGCAUGGUCACUCCAGGGUUAUCCAAUACUACAGUCUAUGACACCCUCAAAACAAGCUCUGUAACAGGAAAUGCAGCUGUGAAUGCAACGACGAUAACCUCGCAUUGCGGAUUGCUUCCCAAUGUCACAUAUUCUUCGAAUAAUAGCUUUGCCAGCGCACCGUUUAGCAUGGAUGGUGCAAAUUAUUCUCUCAUCAUGGGUGCGAGCCCUCCCUGGUCAGACCAGAUACAAGUUCUUCAAUGGACUGGUUAUGACGGUUUUUCCGGUCGUCCUCUGCCUGAUGGUAUUAAUAUAUGGCCUAGUGUCUUACUGAUGGUCUCUACAUUAUUAGAGAUCGAACCUUCAGUACAAGAGACGGUCGCUGUUAAUAUGACUUGGGAAUAUAGAAAUAUUUCCUAUACCAAUAACAAUAACAAUACCAAUAUUGACAUCAUUCCGUAUGAUAUUCAGGUCUAUUUUAUGCAAUGCUCGCUGUUGGCCAACACUACAGAGGGGGUGGUCGACAUGCAAACCAACAUUUUGCUGACUCCAGUGCCCAUCUGGCAGCCAUCCACGCAAUGGGAAAUGUACCAAUGGACGAAUGUCAGUAGUUGGGCAGCAGAAAUCGGCAACGCUUUGUCUACCCCAGUCAGUAGUGGGUAUUCAUUUCAAGAUGCACAUCUACAUAACACCGAACCUUCGAUUGCGGACGAGUUUAUUAUGUCAUUGGUGGGCUUGAACCUCAUCGCUGAAAAAUCGCAAUUCGGAGCCAAUGCUCCUCCUAUUCCUACUUUUGUUUUGAGACCGGACAUCCUAGAACUGGCUAUUGCGAAAACAACUGCACAACUCAUUUGGACAGCGGCACGAUUCAGCCCAUCCAAUGGAGGAUUUCAGCCUGGCAACGGGAUGGCCAAUGUCGACGAGGAGUAUAUUGCCCUCCGCCUCAAUAUCAACCUUCUUCCUUUGUGUUUUGCGUCAUCUGCAUCGGUGAUCAUGUUAGGACUAGCGUUACACAUGACAAGAGCAUUCGAUGCAUCGCACAAUUGUCAGGCUGUCAUCCCAAAUAUAGGUCCACUUCAACUCAUGUGGUUGGGUCAUCGUUCAGCCUCUAUCAAUGAAGCCCUGGAAGAUGUGGAGCGCCCGACAGAGGCCAAUCUGCGCCGAGCAGGAAUGAUAGAUGUUUGUUUUGCAAAGACGAUAUCCGGCGAACAAGAAUUUGGGAGUUCAACUGAUAGUCUCGCUAGUGAAGUUGACCACGGUCAUGACGAUGAGAUUUGA